UGUUUCUGCCUGUUGUUUUGUUUCUGUGCUCCGCUUGGUCUUUCCCCUGUUCUCUCUAUUCACCCGCUAAACGCUAGUGCUAAGAGCUGCUGGAAAGCUGCCUGUACAGCCAUUAUAGGGCCCUGGUGUAUUUUAUUCAGACUUCAUCUAGGGGGUUGAUAAAGUUUGUCUGUAGGUGCAGAAUGUACAGCUUCAUGGGAGGGGGGCUGUUUUGUGCAGGAGUGGGCAAUAUACUCCUGAUUGUUUCCACAGCAACAGAUUAUUGGAUGCAGUACCGUCAUUCAAACAACUACAUGCAUCAGGGGCUGUGGAGAUACUGCAUGCCUGGAAAAUGCUUUACACACACCGACAGUAUUGCAUACUGGGAUGCUACACGAGCGUUCAUGAUCUUGUCUCUAUUGGCCUGCUUCAUUGGUAUCAUCAUUGGUAUUAUGGCCUUCAUCCACUACUCCUCCUUUGACAGGUUUGAUAAAACCUUUGCUGCAGGCAUUCUAUUCUUCAUCUCAUGCUUUUUUGUGUUUCUGGCCAUGGCUGUGUACACGGGAGUUACAAUAAAUUACUAUGGUAAACGCUAUGGUAACUGGAGGUUCUCCUGGUCGUACAUCAUUGGCUGGGUGUCUGUUGUGCUCACUUUCUUUUCAGGAAUUUUCUACAUGUGUGCAUACCGGAUGCAUGAGUGCCCCAGAAGCCCAAAUCCUCAUUAAACUGGGCUUUAUUACUACCAAUAUUGGCUGCCACUUCAGUACUAAACACCAUUAGGUCAUGAGAAGAAAAAAAAGAACAAAGCAAAACUUAAAUAAAAGAUAUAAUAGGCAAUAAAAGUAA